AUGCCUCUCCCGCUAUUGGCAGCAGCACUGCUGGGCAUUGGCGCAGUGACGCCUGUCCGCGGCCGAGGCGAUUCGCAAGUUCGGUUGCCCAACUACGCCGACGCAUGUCCCGACUAUGCGCUUUACGCAUCAUAUCCACAUCGUCCCUUCAGCUCUGGCCCGCUCGCCUUGCCCUUCCAGCGUCCUAGCCCACAAUGUCGGACGUUUCACUCGGACGAGAUCGAGAGAGUCAUUGAAGAGGUGACUUCGAGGAUCAAGGACCCCGACUUGGCACGCCUGUUCGAGAACACCUUCCCCUCUACGACGGACACAACCGUCAAGUUCCAUACCAAGGGCGACAAGAGCGCGGGGUUUGUCCCGGUUGAUGGGCGUCGUCUGGAUGAAGGCGCAUGGGAAGGGCCUCAGUCCUUUAUCAUCACCGGCGAUAUCAUUGCAGAGUGGCUGCGAGACUCGACAAACCAGCUGCGUCCAUACCAAGGCCUGGCCAAGAAAGAUCCAGCCAUCUUCGACCUGAUAGCUGGGGCCAUCAAUACGCAAUCCGAGUACGUCAUUCAGUCACCGUACUGCAAUGCCUUCCAGCCGCCUCCUAUCAGCGAAUUGUCCGUCUCCGCCAACGGCCAGGAUGAUCUGGUGCAUCCGGCGUACGAGCCAAGUGUUGUGUUCGAGUGCAAGUACGAGCUUGACUCUCUGGCUCACUUCUUGGCGUUGGGAAACGACUUUUACGAGGCCACCGGGGCCACUGACUUUGUGAACAAGCGGUGGCUUCUUGCUGUCGAAACUCUCUUGAUAGUGUUGAAGCAGCAGUCGGAGCCGACGUUCAACCCAGAAACGGGCCAGUAUGAGAGAAAUACCUAUUCCUUCCAGCGAUGGACCAACGCUGGCACUGAGACUCUCAAUCUUCAAGGCGUCGGAAACCCCCUGAAUAGCGGAACGGGGUUGGUUCGAUCAGCUUUCAGACCAAGCGAUGACGCCACUAUUCUAGGAUUCUUCAUCCCAGCGAAUGCUAUGAUGUCUGUGGAGCUUGGUCGGGCUGCCAAGAUGCUACAGGCUGCGGGUAAAACGGCUCUGGCCACCAAGUUGAGUAAAUGGAGCGAGAAGCUGCGAGCGGGAGUGCUGGAGCAUGGCAUCGUCAAGCAUAAAAAAUAUGGCGACGUGUUUGCUUACGAGGUUGACGGAUAUGGCUCUUCUAUCUUGAUGGAUGACGCAAAUUAUCCUUCUCUGCUUGCGCUCCCAGUGAUGGGCUUCUGCGACGUAGAUGACCCCGUGUAUCAGAAUACAAGGAAGAUGAUACUGGAUAAACAAGGCAACCCGUAUUACUUGACGGGCAGAGGUUUCCAAGGAAUUGGAGGACCGCACAUUGGCUUGAAGAACGCCUGGCCCAUGAGUCUGCUGCUCCAGGCCCAAACCUCAAACGACGACAAAGAGAUUAAAGAAUGCAUCGACAUGGUGUUGAAGGCAUCUCCGCGUGGUCUCAUCCACGAGAGUGUCGAUGUCAACUUCAUAAACCAGUACACGCGGAGCUGGUUUGCUUGGGCGAACGGAGUUUUCGCCGUGACGAUUUUGGAUUUGGCAAAGAGGAAGCCGCAUUUGGUGUUUGGACCAGGAGCAGCGCCUUAUGAGAUAUGA